GAUAAAGUUGAGUCUAAACAUUAUAAAUUAAAACUUCGAUUAAUUUGAACAAAAACAAUAGCGAUGGAUGCAGUGAAAUUCGAAAAGAUAUGCCGGACAUGUCUCUCUGAAUCGACGGAUAUGAGGUCGCUAAAUUCUAAUAUAAACGACAAUCGUAAACUACAAGAUGUUUUAGAAUUUGUUAUGGAUAGAAACAUUAUUAAUGAUGAGCGACUACCAAAAUUUAUCUGCGUCGAGUGCGAAACUGUAAUGAUUAAGGCUGAAUCCUUCAAACGUCGUUGCUUAGAAUCUGAGACGGCUUUGAAAAAUUGCAUCGGGGCAACAGAAAAAAAGUUAAGUUUUAUAGAAAUUGACCAAAACACGAUACUAAAGAACGAAAGCAACUACGAAUGUAUCACGGAAGCUUUGAAACAUUCCGAAACAGACGCAGCUUUUUGUGUUAAGAAUUUAAAUGACAUCACAAUAAAGAAAUGUUCAUUUGAAAACUUCGAUAUAUUAACGGAUGAUGUUAAUGACGCUGAUUCAAUAAAAGAAGAAUUGGACGAUUGCAACGUUCCCGACGACGACACCCAAAGCCUAAAUUUGAAACAAACAGUUAAAUACAAAGAUAAAAACAGAUCAGACUUAAAAACGUGCAAUGGUAACAAAUUAAAGAAGGUUAAAAAGAAAACGAACCCCCGGUUAAUACCGAUAACGAACCAGAUAGAAUGUCAAAAAUGCGAUCAGAAAUUCGCUAAUGUGUCAGCUUGGAGCUCACACCAGCAGAUGCACAAGGAAAAGACGAAAGAAACAUUUCAAUGCAACGUAUGUCCAAAAAAGUUUAAAAAACAAACCUCAUUGCAUACUCAUCUAAACAGACACGAUCGGGACUCAUCAAAGUACAUAUGCGAUGUUUGUAAAAGGGAAUUCAAGUACAAAGGGUACUUAGAAAGUCAUAUAAUAUCGAUGCACACUCGGAACGGUUUCACAUGCGAAUUCUGUAUGCAAUCAUUCGAUAGUAAAGACACAUUCGAGAUACAUCGGAAUGCUCAUAUAAUAGAGAAAAAACAUCAGUGCCUUAUUUGUCAUAAAAGUUUCUAUAUGGCUUCGACAUUGCGAGACCAUUUGAGGGUGCACACAGGGGAAAGACCAUUUUUAUGUGCGAUAUGUGGGAAGGGUUUCACGCAGAAGAAUAACUUGGCUCAGCACGUGAGAAGACAUCAGGGUAACAAGCCCCACCAGUGCGAAAAUUGUGAGAAAAGUUUCGUUUCCAAAGGGGAGUUAGAAGCUCACAGUCGGAAGCACAGCGGCGCUCAUCCGUUCGUGUGUGACGACUGCGGGCGUGGCUUCACUACCUCCAGUUCACUCGUCAAACAUAGAAGGAUCCACACUGGCGAGCGACCAUACGCUUGUGAUCUCUGUCCACUCCGUUUCGCGGUUUCCGGCACCUUGAAGAACCACCGUCGGCGGCACACCGGUGAGAGGCCCUACCACUGCUCGUAUUGCGAGAAGGCUUUUGUGCAGCGCAACGACCUGAUAUCGCACAUCCGCUGCCACACCGGCGAGCGCCCGUACGUGUGCGCGCAGUGCGGACAGAGCUUCCGCAAGCCGUCCGGCCUGCGCGCGCACGCCCGGGUGCACGCCGCACACGCGCCGGCGCCCUGACCGACGCGCGCAGACCGUCCGUAAGGAACACGACUGAAUUAACGUAACGAACAAAAGUGAAACGGGUUUUUGUACGAAUCUCGACCCCCCACUCGACGCUAGGCCCGGAGUUAUGAAUCGUUGUGAUUUCAAACUCGAUGAAACGAAAUGAAACGAAACGAAAAAAUAAGUCCAUAGAGA